AUGUCGUGUUUAGUUGGAUGUUGUGCUUCUUUAACAUGCGGUCUGUGCACAUCGGCGGCAUCGACAAUCACAAAGAAAUCAGCUAGGCUCGGCUAUUGUGGUCUCUUUGGUCUCUCUUUGAUCGUCUCUUGGGUCCUCCGGGAAGUCGGAACUCCGCUUUUAAAGAAAAUCCCUUGGAUCAACUCUUCUGAUACUCUUUCUGACGAAUGGUUCCAAACGGAAGCUGUACUCCGUGUUAGCCUCGGAAAUUGCUUGUUUUUCACAAUACUUGCUCUUUUGAUGAUUGGUAUAAAGGAUCAAAAUGACAGGCGUGACGCCUGGCAUCAUGGUGGAUGGAUUUUUAAGAUUGUGAUGUGGGCUUUGCUUAUCAUCCUCAUGUUUUUCCUUCCAAAUCCAGUAUCAUCGGUUUAUGGAUUUAUAUCAAAACUUGGAGCAGGGUUCUUUUUACUAGUUCAAGUGAUCAUAUUAUUGGAUGCUACACAUUCAUGGAACGAUGCUUGGGUUGCCAAAGAUGAACAGAAGUGGUUCGUUGCUUUACUUGCAGUAUCAAUUACUUGCUAUAUUGCUGCAUUCACAAUUUCGGGACUACUGUUUAUUUGGUUCAAUCCCUCUGGCAAUGACUGUGGCCUUAAUGUCUUCUUUCUUGUCAUGACAAUGAUUCUUGCACUUUCAUUUGCCAUUAUUGCGCUACAUCCCAAGGUAAAUGGUAGCCUGUUGCCGGCUGCAGUAAUAUCAGUUUACUGUGCGUAUGUGUGUUACACUGGUCUCUCUGCUGAACCUCGAGAUUACGCCUGCAACGGUCUUCCCAAUAAAUCCAAAGCAGUCACCACAAGUACCCUUGUUCUCGGCAUGCUUACCACUGUUCUCUCGGUUCUAUAUUCAGCACUUCGUGCUGGUUCUUCCACAACCUUCCUAUCCCCUCCGUCUUCUCCAAGAGCAGGUGAUAGAGCAUCUCUUCUAGAUUCCGAAGAAUUGGAAGCAGGCAAGGGCAAGAAAGAAGCGGAAGCAAAACCCGUGAGUUACUCGUACACAUUUUUCCAUUUGAUAUUUGCAUUGGCAAGCAUGUAUUCGGCCAUGCUUUUAUCAGGCUGGAGCAGUUCAGAAAGCUCGGACCUCAUAGACGUUGGGUGGACAUCGGUUUGGGUUCGUAUCUGCACCGAGUGGGUAACCGCCGGGCUCUAUAUUUGGUCCCUCGUUGCUCCGCUCCUUUUCCCUGACCGAGAGUUCUAUUAGAUGUUUGUUUGUUGAUUUUUCGGUAUGUGGAUAUUGGGUUUUCAGUCAAUUUGUUAGCGUGUAAAAUGUAAAUAAAUAGAUGUUGGGUGGGAGAUGAUAGGUGCUCUAGUUCGGUGCCAACGAUCCAAUCUAUAUUCCUUGUGUUUGUGGUGAUCUAAACCUAUUAUCUAUUCUCA